AUGCCCUCCAUCCCACACCGCCUGCAUCGGUUCCUCGCGCAUCCGGCGCGGGAAGCCCCCAACUCGCCCGUUCAGAUACCAUACCCGGAUCCGGAAUCGGCUGCCGAGCCGGUCACUACGCUUGCUGGCUCUGGCCCCCGAAGACAGGGCUACUGGCGUUUUCUCUGA